AAAUGAAAGAAGGCAGUGAAGAUUAAAGAAAAGGAGAAAAAGGGGUGAGAGAGAGAGAGAGAUGGAGAGUCAGAUUUGCAAAUUUUUUAGUGUUUAGAAGUCUGUUGGCUGUGUCUCCAGGGCUGACCCGGGCUCCGUGGGCUUUGCCGCCGACCAAGGAAACAGCCACUUUCUUAGCCCUCUUCCCAUUUAAGAGAACCAUUUUCUUUUAGAAAAAAAUUCCACAAGUCCCAUCUCCCAAGUCCCGAGUCCUAUUUCCCCCUUCCCCCUCUCUCUUUUAUCUAAGCCUUUGCCUCGGUUCCUGUCAAGAUUCCAUUACACCCCACAAGCAUAUAUCCAUUCCCCUCUUCAGAAAUUUGGUCAUAUUCACAAAAACUUGGUCCCCACUCUGUCUUUUCCUUCCCAUUACAGGAAGUAUUUCUCUCUAUCUCAGAGUUUUAUGCAUGUUUUCUCAUUGGGGUCGUGCUGAAAUUGAAGCUCUGAGCUCUUCUUUGCUGUAAGGGUUUUUUUUUUUUUGGGAGUUUGAGAAACUUCAAGCUUCUGCUCGGUCGCCGAGAUGAAGUUCAUGAAACUUGGAUCAAAACCUGAUUCUUUUCAGACUGAUGGGACCAAUGUUAGGUAUCUUGUAAGUGAAUUAGCCACAGAUAUCACUCUUAUUGUUGGGGAUGUCAAGUUUUAUCUCCAUAAGUUUCCCCUUCUGUCAAAGAGUGCUCACUUGCAAAAGCUGGUCACAGCUGCCACUGAGGAGCACAGUGAUGAAAUAUACAUUCCAAAUAUCCCGGGUGGUACUGCAGCAUUCGAGAUAUGUGCCAAAUUCUGCUACGGUAUGACAGUUACUCUCAAUGCAUACAAUGUAGUUGCAGCCCGUUGUGCUGCUGAAUACCUAGGAAUGAAUGAGACAAUUGAAAAAGGAAACCUCACCUACAAGAUCGACAUUUUCCUUAGUUCGAGCAUCUUCCGGAGCUGGAAGGAUUCGAUCAUUGUUCUUCAGACAACAAAGGCAUUAAUGCCAUUAUCUGAGGAACUGAAAUUAGUAAGCAAUUGCUUAGAAUCUAUUGCUGCAAAGGCCUCUGCUGAUGUUUCUAAAGUUGAUUGGUCUUACACGUAUAACCGUAAGAAACUUCCCGAGGAGAACGGGAACAAUCCCAAUUGGAAUGGUGUUAGGAAUCGCAGUGUGCCGAAGGACUGGUGGGUUGAGGACUUGUGUGAGCUUGAAAUUGAUCUAUAUAAGCGUGUUAUAGUGAGUAUAAAAAACAGAGGAAUAAUUCCUAAUGAUGUGAUUGGAGAAGCCUUGAAAGCGUAUGCUUACCGACACCUUCCAGGCUUUAGCAAAGGCAUGCUUCAAUGUGGGGAUCUAGUGAAGUAUCAAUCAGCAGUGGCAACAAUUGUCUGGCUGUUACCUGCCGAGAAAGGCAGCGUCUCGAGUAGUUUCUUGUCCAAAUUGUUGAAGGCAUCCAUUUUCCUAGCUUCCGAAGAUGGGACCAAAGAAGAGCUUGUUCGGCGAAUGGGACAGCAGCUGGAGGAGGCAUCAGUGACUGAUAUUUUGCUGCGAGCACCGGACGGCGAAGCUACUAUUUAUGAUGUUAAUGCUGUGCAGAAAAUGGUAGAAGUGUUUCUUCUGCAAGAUCAUAAUACAGAAAUCGAAUCACUUGAGGAAGAGGGAAAUGAGCUUCAAGAGCCAAGAGGGCCAGGAAUUUUAUCGGAUGCUGCUAAAUUGAUGGUGGCAAAGUUGAUCGACAGUUACCUUGCUGAAAUUGCAAAGGAUCCCAAACUACCAUCUGUAAAUUUCGUCAAUCUUGCAGAAAUGGUGUCUGGCAUCACUCGGCCUUCCCAUGACGGGCUCUAUCGAGGCAUCGACAUGUAUCUGAAGGAGCAUCCGGGGAUCAGCAAGAGUGAAAGGAAGAGAAUAUGCAAACUGAUAGACUGCAAGAAACUAUCUGCUGAGGCAUGCAUUCAUGCAGUACAAAAUGAACGUCUCCCUCUACGAAUGGUUGUGCAGGUACUAUUUUUCGAGCAAGUCAGGGCCUCGGCAUCGUCAGGCAGCAGCACUCCUGACCUAUCAAAGGGCAUCAAGGAUCUAACAAGUGGGUCUCACGGAAGCUCAAGAUCAGCCACAACGAACCCUGAUGAAGAGUGGGAUGCUGUUGCCAUGGCUGAGGAGCUGAAGGCCCUCAAGGGGGAGCUAGCUUCCUUGAGGCUUGCAAAUGGUGCAGGAGGAGGCAGUGAGAGAAAUGGUGAUGUUAAAAAUGGAAUCGACAAAGCAGCUCUAAGUAAAAUGAAAGGCUUGCUCAAGUCAAAGAAGCUUUUCACAAAACUAUGGUCAAGCAAAGGAGGAUACGGUGAAAACAGCGGCUCGGAUUCGUCGGAGAGCCUUGGCUCUGCUAACCAGGAGGAAGCUAAGUCAACACCUUCCAGGAACAGAAGGCAUUCAGUUUCUUAGAAGUUCCAUUUUGGGAAUUCAGAUCAGAAGAAUUUUGUUUCCAGAUGGGUGACCAUUAGUGGCUAAAAUGGGCAAGAAUGAAGUAUAUAUAGGUUCAAGAGUCUGUAGAUUAUAUCAAAUUAACAUUACUAUUUGAGGCCAGUGGCCACCCCCCAACAAAGAAAAAAGGGAAAAAAAGAAUUGAAAAAUCAAAUUUCUUUCAUGAAUGGGGUUAUUAAGAAGUAGACAGAGGCUUGUUUACACAGUAAAAUCCCAUCAAAGAUGGAUGAAAUCAUUCUCUAAUAUUAUUCAGAUGAAUCAAAUAAAGAUCGUCUUUGCUUUUGAGAGCAUUUUGAAUUA